UUUAGUUCUGUUCGUCAUCCGCAAGCAAAUGCAUCCGAGAGAGUUAUGAGAGAACUCGGCCGUCUUUGUCGUGUCUACUGUGCGGGACAUCAUACGCGCUGGGCGUAUGAAAUACAAAAUUUUUCGGAACUAAUGAACUCCGUAGUACACGAAUCAACAGGGUUUUCUCCCAACGAGCUUCAUCGAAAUAUUACGACUCCAAAUUAUUUGCCAGCUACUUUGGUACAUACUCCUAAUGUGGGUAAAGUGUCUGAUAAAAAUCAAAGACUUUUAUUAGCCAAAGAAACUCUUAUAAGUCGAGCUGCUAGAAGGAAGAUAAAUCACCCUCAUCGACCAUAUCCUACAUUUAAUAUCAACGAUUUGGUCUUGUUAAGAGCCAAUACGAUUUCUUCAGCGUUAAGCGCGGAAACUAAAAAGUUUUUAUUGCUAUUUGAAGGUCCAUUUAGGAUAAAAAAGAAAAAUUUUGUUAGAACUUUUAUAAACCACCCCUACAACCAUCAGCGUGGAAAAUAAAAAAAGCUAGUAUUUCCUGCAGCAAUUUGUUUUAUUGACAGUCUUCAGAACCUUAC